CCGGACACUCCAGUACACUGUAAAAGCAUGGCUGCUUCUUCAGAGGAUUGGAGUGAGGAAGAAUUAAGACUGGAAAAAGAACAUUUCAAAAAGAUUGUCAAUGCCUAUUUAUACUACAAAGCCUAUGGUUAUUUGCAAAUUGAGAAAAUGAAGAAAAACUAUCACCUCCUACCAGAGAGACACAAAGAUCUCUUAAAAGACUACCCGUCUCACAUUGAGAAAUGCAAGGAGGCCAUUGAUGCCAACUUUGAGUUCAUUAAAGGAGUCGUGAGCAACGCCAUUGGAUUUCUUAAUAAUUCAGACGUAUCAGAUUUUAGUUGGGAAGAUGCACAGUGUCAAGUAGUCCCUGCUACUUGUUUUGACAUGGAGAAAGUCGUUACAACCAUCAAGCAGUUUUAUAGAGACUGGAGCAAAGAAGGAGAGAAAGAAAGAGAGCUAUGCUAUGAUCCAAUCAUCACACAAUUAAAGAAAUACUUCCCACCAUCUGAUUGUGAUGUAUCAUCAGUUAAAGUGUUGGUUCCUGGUUCUGGUCUUGGAAGAUUAGCAUUUGACAUAGCUCACUUGGGCUACUGCUGUGAGGGGAAUGAGUUCAGCAUGUACAUGCUGCUAGCUUCAAAUUUUAUGCUAAACAAGAAUGAUGGUACUGAGUUACAUACAGUUCAUCCAUGGGCACUGAAGACAUGCAAUAAUCUUGAGUAUAGCCACCAACUGUCCUCCAUUAAGAUACCAGAUGUGAAUCCAUCAGAAUUACCACAGUAUGGCCUAUUCUCAAUGUCUGCUGGGGACUUUUUACAAGUAUAUACAGAGAAAGACCAAUGGGACUGUAUUGCCUGCUGUUUCUUCAUUGACACUGCACACAAUGUCAUCGAAUACAUUGAAAAUAUUUAUAAGAUACUCAAGCCUGGUGGACUAUGGAUCAACUUUGGUCCAUUGUUAUAUCAUUUUGCUGAUAUGCCUGGUGAGACAUCACUUGAGUUAAGUUGGGAAGAUAUCAAGAGAAUUAGUUGCAAGAUUGGCUUUGAAAUAAUGACAGAGACUCUUAACUGUCCUUCAUAUUACAUUCAGCAUCCUCAGUCAAUGAUACAGCUCUGUUAUAAUUCUGUCCUCCUGGUUGCUAAGAAGCCAUCGCCCAAACUGACGACACCGGAAUGAACAUUCUGUCAUUAUUUUAUCGAACAUUAUUAAAUAUUUUAUUAUUGACACAACAAGAUUUGAUUAAGUGAUUAAACAAAUGUACAACA